ACUUCAUGAGGGGUUUGCAGAUGCUCAGUUAGUACUUGAAGAAAAGGUGAAUGUCCUAGACUAGAUCCAGUGCUCCCAGGACAUAUUUCCUACGGUAAAGUCACUACCUACACCCCAGAUUUUCCUUUUUUCUUCUUUUUUCUCCCCUGUCAUAAUCUACAGCAGCUAAACAGCAAGUCAGACUGUUGCAUAAUGUUGUAAGAGCUCUGUUAAUUUACUUUUUCUUCCAAGACAUUUAAGCCAACCUGUCAGAAUUUUCCAUGAGGCAAUUAGCUAGCUGGUAUCACAGUUUGUCCCUGGGGAUCUUUAUCUAUCACAAUGAUUCUGUAAAGUCAGGAAUAGAAAAAGAAAUUGCAAGAAAUUCCUUGCAAUUAUCAGUCAUCAACUUGAUUUGAUAUCUACCAGAUGUUCUCUCUUGUCUCUUACCGCAUGUCUCAGCCCUGGAUCCCUGCUCUGCCUACAUCAGCCUGAAUGAGCCCUGGAGGAACACAGAUCAUCAGAUAAAUGGUUCUCACGGCCAGCCAACAUGUGACAGUCAAAUUGACGGGGAGUGGUAUCGCUUCACCGGCAUGGCUGGUGAUGCUAUGCCUACCUUCUGCAUCCCAGAGAACCACUGUGGCACCCACGCUCCCAUCUGGCUCAAUGGCAGCCACCCACGAGAGUCAGAUGGCAUCGUCCCCCGCCAGGCUUGUGCCAGCUUCAAUGGGAACUGCUGCCUUUGGAAUACCACGAUUGAUGUCAAGGCGUGUCCGGGCGGGUACUAUGUGUAUCACUUAAUCAGACCUAGCGUUUGUUUCCAUGCAUACUGUGGCCAUUUUUAUGACAUCUGUGAUGUGGUGGAUUGCCAGGGCUCCUGUCUGGACACCAGUGACUGCACGUGUUCCCUUGGGACGACACUAGGACCUGACGGACAGACAUGUCUUGAUGAAAAUGAAUGUGAGCAGAACAAUGGAGGCUGCAGUGAAUUCUGUGUUAACCUGAAGAACUCUUACCGCUGUGAGUGUGGGAUUGGGCGCACACUGGGAAGCGAUGGGAAAACCUGUGAAGAAAUUGAAGGCUGUCACAAUAACAAUGGAGGCUGCAGCCACACCUGUAUUGAAGUGGAAGACACAUACCAAUGUGAAUGUCCGAGGGGACUUGUUCUGUCAGAAGACAAUCACACUUGCCAAGUUCCAGUGCUGUGCAAGUCCAGCUCUAUUGAGGUGAACAUCCCAAAGGACCUGGUUGGAGGCCUGGACCUUUCUCUUAUAAACACUUCAUGCAGAGGAGUAUCUAAUGGCACUCAUGUCAACAUCCAUUUCUCCUUGAAGUCCUGUGGCACUGUUGUAGACGUAAUAAAUGAUAAAAUCAUUGCCACCAAUCUGGUGACUGGCUUGCCAAAGCAGACUCCAGGAAGCAAUGGGGACAUCAUUGUCCGCACCAGCAAGCUACUGAUCCCGGUGACCUGCGAGUUCCCACGCCGCUACACCAUCUCUGAAGGUUAUGUGCCCAACCUUAAGAACUCUCCCUUGGAAAUCAUGAGCCGCAAUCAGGGCAUCUUUCCCUUCACUCUUGAGAUCUUCAAAGACAAAGACUUUGAUGAACCCUACAGGGGUGCCCUUCCCACCCUUAAGCUUCGUGACUCAUUGUACUUUGGGAUUGAACCCUUGGUACAUGUCAGUGGGCUAGAGACACUGGUAGAGAGCUGCUUUGCCACUCCCACCUCAAAAAUUGAUGAGAUCCUGAAGUACUACCUGAUUCAAGAUGGCUGCGUUUCUGAUGAUUCAGUGAAGCAGUACACGUCAAAGGACCAUCUUGCCAAGCAUUUCCAGGUUCCUGUGUUCAAGUUUGUGGGCAAAGACAACAAGGAGGUGUUCUUGCAUUGCCGCAUCCUUGUGUGUGGGGCGCUGGAUGAGAGCUCUCGCUGUGCCCAGGGCUGCCGGAGACGGGUGCGCAGGUCAGCUGAGACAGAGGAAGAGGAGGAAUCUGUUCACAUGGCAAACCACAUCCUGACAGGUGGCCCCAUCAGAAUCGACUUUGAUGACUAACACCAACCUACUGGAACAGCAUCUCUGCUGAGACGACUUUCCUUGUCAGUGCCUGCUUGCAUGGUUGUUUAAGAAACAAGAUGAAUUUGGUAAAGCCCCACUGAACCCCUUAGGACAUGUUUCCCUAAGUGUGUGAUGAUUAUUUGUGAAGUAUGUUGGGAACGCAAGGCAGUGUGUAUAGACUGAGUGCAACCCGGACUGCAGAACAGUUUUAUCUGCCAUUUCUUCCCAACAACCCUUCAGAUGAAGGGACCCUAUUGCUUUUCAGGCCUGAAGGAUUACCCAACUUGGUCCUUCCCUGCAUCCACCUAAGGACUGUUUGUCCUUGACAAUGUUAUUGAAGCUCUUCUGUCAUCAGACAAUACAAACACUAUCUUAUCAUAGCUGAACGUGUUUGCUAUGCAGUUCUGUGAAUGAUGCUGAAGCUUUGGAUGUACUGAGAUUUUGGGUUGACCAUUAGAAAGCAUGUGUAAAAAUAUUAUAUCUCCUAAUGUCUAAGUUCCUUGGAGCUAUAAAACAGUUGUCAUUGCAUGCACAUUUAAAUGUUAUUUUUAAAUAGUAAAAGGUAUUUAAUAAAACUUGAUUUUUAGUGUCUUCUUAUAAUUGCAUGCAGUUUUAGCAGUAUUUUCUUUUGUAUUUAGUGUUCUUUUAUUUUUCUCCCUUUUCUGCCCCCCCAAAAAAUGUGGUCCCUUUCAUAAAUGCUAUAGCACCUUCAUUGUAAGAGAAAGACCAUAAAACAUCCUCUGUAUUG